AUGUUUCUUUACUUCAAGGCCGAAAGGGAAAGACGAAGGAAAGAUGAAGCAAAAAGAAUACGGCGACUAGUAGAAUUAGCCUACUCUAAAGAUCCACGAAUUGCGAAAUUUAAACGGGAGGAUCAAGAGAUGAAAAAUAAAGCCAAAGAGGAGAAGCAGAGAAGGAUGCGGGAGAAAGCAGAAGCAGCUGAACGAGAAAGAAAAGCUAGGGAAGAAGCAGAACUCAAAGCCAAAGAGGAACAAGAAAGACUUGCGAAAGAAGAAAGGGAAAGAGAAAGAAAAGAGAAAGAAGCAGCGAAAAAGGCAGCUGCUGCACAACGACGUCGCUUCAAGAAAUUGGCUGAAUCAGCCGGUCACUGGACCGAUGAUCCCAGAAAGAAACUUGCGGAGAUGGAACGAGUGGAAAGGCUCUGUUUAUCUUUACCUGUUGAUGCUAUGUCAGCACUCUGUGAUUCUAUCGAGAAAUUAACAGUUCGCGAAGAAAUUUUAGCAGCAAUAUCAGAAGCAGAGGUAUUCUUAUUUCUCUCCUGUUCUAUCACAAUGGGGGAUAAACAUAAGGAUGCGGAGAAAACCACAGUGUUGUGGACUAGUGACGAGAUACAACUGUUAGUAAAGGCUUCUAAUACAUACCCUGCUGGAACUGUCGAUAGGUGGAAUGUUAUAGCCGAUUACAUAAAUGAACAUCGCAAGGACAAAUCCAUGCCUCCCAAAAACGAGAAGCAGGUGAUCAAGCAGGUGAUGUUUAGUUUUUUUUUGUUCUCCUUCAAAAUUUGCCGAGAUACAGUUAGUGUAAUUUAUAAUAUAUACGUAUAAUC